CUGUAACCAUGGUGAGUUCCCCCACUCUGAAGGAUGAUCCACUCUUUGGAGCGGACUCCCGCUGGAGCUGGAUCAGCGCCAUCGCUUGCUGCUGUGUGCUCUUCCUUGCGCUGGCGACGCCACGCGUCGCGGGAAUCUUCUUCUACGGCAUCGUUGAGACCUUCAUGGUGAGCAGAGAAGAGGCUUCGUGGCCGGUGUCCCUUGCAGGCACGCUGAUGGUGUUAGCAGGUCCGGUAGCUGGCAACCUGUGCGAGCGUUAUUCUUGCAGGGUCGUUCUGCUUACCUGCUCAUCACUGGCAGGAAUCGGCGCCGGCUUGUGUUACCUGGCGGGGGAUCUUAUCUUCAUUACCAUUUUCUUCGGCAUCGUUCAAGGAUACUUCCGAGAUUCACGUGGCGACUACGGCGGACUGCUUCAUUUAAUGGCUGCUGUCAAUGCUUUCUUUGUGUGCGUUUGGACCAUGAAAGUUGUUACUAGAAGGAGAGCAGCGUCAAGGCUGUCAUCGAAAUCUACGGAGAGCAGCAAGACGGGCAGGACAGAUUCGCCUCGCAGCUGUGAUCCCAUCAACAGUAACGGAUAG